CUCGGCCUCUAUUGUCCCUCAUUCCUCAUCUCGAUACAUCACAUGCACUAUGUCCCAGGAUGAGCAGACCGCCGACUUCCCUUGGCACCUGGGGGUGUUCGACGCCCAUUGUCACCCCACCGAUACCAUGUCAUCGAUUGCGGAAAUCCCCCAGAUGAAAGCAUCGACAUUGACGGUCAUGUCUACUCGCGGGGAGGAUCAGGACUUGGUGCUUGAGACUGCGAUAUCCCUGACCAAGGGUCAAGAGCCCUCCCAAGGUUCGGAGACAGGCCGUGUGCUACCGUGCUUUGGCUGGCACCCAUGGUUCUCGCAUCAAAUCAUCGACGAUGCUACCGGUUCGCCAGAGACAAAGCAAGAUGUCUCGUCCAUCGAACAGAAGAAGCUACAUUAUAAGAAGGUCCUUACGCCAGAGCCAGACGAUGACUUUAUCCUUUCAUUGCCAGAUCCAAAGCCGAUUUCGCAGUUGCUCUCGGAAUCACGAGCACGGUUAACAGCCUACCCCCACUCUCCUGUGGGUGAGGUCGGCCUGGACCGCGCUUUCAGACUCCCACAGCCCUGGACCAGUGAAGAGAAGGAAGCGCGGGAUGAGCAAGUGACCCUUGGGUCACGAGAAGGCAGAAAACUCUCGCCCUAUCGGGUCCAGCUGGCGCACCAAAAAGCCGUCUUGGAGGCUCAGUUGCGUCUGGCCGGGGAACUCAAACGUCCGGUCUCCGUGCAUAGUGUCCACGCACACGGAGCAGUGUUUGACCUUUUCAAAGGCCUUUGGUCAGGACAUGAACGGAAGAAUGCCUCGCGGCGGGAGAGACGUCGGCGGCAUAGUGUUGCAGAUGCUCAUGCGGAUAGUGAUGCGGAGGAUGAACAGCGUAAACAAGACCUUGCAACCCCUGAAGAAAAUCCUCUUCCAUUUCCACCCCGGAUUUGCAUGCAUUCAUACUCAGGGACUGUAGACCCACUGAAGCAAUUUUUGCAUCAGUCUAAUCCAUCGGACGUCUACUUUUCUUUCUCUUCCGUGAUCAACUUCAGCGGGCCUUCAUCGCAAAAGGUCAUCGAUGUUAUCAAAGCUUUGCCUGAUGACAGGGUGCUUAUUGAGAGCGAUCUGCAUACAGCUGGACAACAGAUGGAUGACUUGCUCGAGGAAAUUGCUCGACAGAUCUGCGAUAUCCGCGGGUGGACGUUGCAUCAUGGCGUCCAGCAGCUCGCUGAUAAUUGGAGAAGAUUUGUUUUCGGAUGAACGGCCACCUGUGGGAGAUGAUGCGUGCAUAUGUCCCUGAGCCAUGGAUCAGCGUACGAAUUCGCUACCGAUUGAUAUGGUCUGUGCUUGAGGAAAAGAGAGACAAAUGCACUGCAACUACUCAAGCCUGAUGAUGCCCGAGAAUUGAGCUAGAUUUUGAGCCCAACAAGCAUUCGAACUCAACUCCCAUGAAAUAAUUUACGACCUCAAGCUACUUUCGGUACUCGGAUAGUGCUACAACUUAUCAAUAGAAGAUAUCGACUUCCCAAAUAGAGAUCAACAAAUAAGAC